GUGACGCGGGGAGUGGAGCUGAGAGGAGCUCGGACUUUGGGACUUGUCUCCGGGCGUAACUCCCAUCACUCCGGUACACCCGCUCUCCGUCACUCCCCUUAGACCCCGAUCCUGGAGCGAUGCGCCUCUACGGUGGUCCAACUACCGAGCGCGCGCACGAGACGGGACCAGAACCUAUGUAACCGCUGCUUUCUAUCGGAUGCCCGCUGGAAUAAGCCGCUGUGUAGUAGUAGUGCCACUCAACGUUACGCUUGUUUGUGGAGUUACUACAGUUUGUUUUUUGCGCAGUUUUGGGAUUGUAUAUUCAUCACAAGGGACCUAAGCGUAGACCCUCGCAUGAACGCGGCGUGGAAAGUACCUGGUGGAAGGUGUGAAGACGUGGGAUCCAGGCUUGGAGGACAGCGCUUUUGAUCCACGGAGCGCACGAAAUCUUCUUCUUCUUUUUUUUUUUUACUUGCUUUUUAUUUACCGAAAAUCUAUUCUCAUUCUUGGGGCAUGUUGGUGGAUUAAAACUGAUCGCAGAAUGGAUAUAAUUUGGGAGAUACUGAUCAUUCUUCAAGCCAAUGUCAUCGUGUGCAUAUCUGCACAACCCAACGCUCCCAAAAUCCACGAGGGCUGGUGGGCGUACAAGGAAGUGGUCCAGGGCAGCUUUGUUCCAGUUCCGUCAUUUUGGGGGCUGGUGAACUCGGCAUGGAACCUCUGCUCCGUCGGGAAGAGACAGUCACCGGUCAACAUCGAGACAAGUCAUAUGAUCUUUGACCCCUUCCUCAAGCCAAUCAAGCUCAACACUGGAGGACGCAAGGUGGGCGGGACCAUGUACAACACAGGCCGCCACGUGUCCCUGCGAUUGGACAAGGAGCACCUGGUGAACAUCUCGGGAGGACCAAUGACGUACAGCCAUCGUCUGGAGGAGAUCAGGCUACACUUCGGCAGUGAGGACAGCCAGGGCUCAGAACACCUGCUCAAUGGUCAAGCCUUCUCUGGAGAGGUGCAGCUGAUCCACUACAACCAUGAGCUUUACACAAACUACACAGAAGCCGCUAAGAGCCCCAACGGCCUGGUCAUCGUGUCCAUAUUCAUGAAGAUUGCUGAAUCAUCCAACUCCUUCCUCAACCGGAUGCUGAACAGAGACACCAUCACGAGAAUAACGUAUAAAAAUGACGCGUACCUGCUGACGGGCCUGAACAUCGAGGAGGUCUACCCGGAAACCCACAGCUUCAUCACGUACGAUGGCUCCAUGACCAUACCUCCGUGUUUUGAGACGGCCACCUGGAUCCUCAUGAACAAGCCUGUGUACCUCACUCGCAUGCAGAUGCACUCUCUGCGUUUGCUGAGCCAGAACCAGCCGUCUCAAAUCUUCCUGAGUAUGAGUGACAACGUGCGGCCUGUUCAACCUCUCAACAACCGCUGCAUCCGAACCAACAUCAACUUCAGUGUGCAGGGGAAGGACUGCCCCAACAACAGGGCCCAGAAGCUCCAGUACCGGGUGAACGAGUGGUUGCUGAAGUAGCUUCUCAUCUACUCAUCCACGGCAUUCCAACCAGGAGAAGUCUCGAGGGACUUGGCCACUCCACCGUGCAUCUCACCCACGAAUUUCCAUUGUAUAGAAAAACAAGAACUUGAAACCAAUGAACUUUGCACUGGAGGCAAAGACAGACUCCUGUUUUCAUACAUUGAGAAGAACCCUUGAUGCUAUCACCUGCUAACAACCCCCUCCCCUUAAUAUCUAUGAGGACAUUUUGAUACAUUUUUUGGGAGAACUUGGGUAAACAACAAGCAUUUAUUUGAUAGCCACCUCGGACCAUCCUGGGACUUUGUAAAUAGAGCUAUCAAGAACUACAAGUCACUGCCCCAACUUUUUGAUGGUCAAGAUGGUCCACACGAUAAUUCAUUCUCGAUGAGGCAUGCUAACGAGACACGGCCUUACCUUCCCAUUUUACUAAAAACACUCAAGGGGCGUAAUAUUUACCGGCUUUUCAACAGCCUCGGAGCUACCAGUGUCUUGGCCUCAUUUGUACAUAUUAUAAUUAUGAAUACUGCACAAAAAUGUAAAGAAAAGUAACAAAGUAACAAAAAGAUAUUUAAAGAGGAUUUAAAAAAAAAAAAAAUAAGAGUUUUAAAAAGCUUGGCGCACUUUGACUUCUGGAGAGCUGAUGCCUUUUUUCUGUUUU